AUGGCUCGCGGCGGUCCGGCCCGGCCCCGGCUCCGACCAGCCGGCCUCCUUUCAGAUGUCGCCCUGGUUCUGCUCUGUCUUUCACUGCUCACCUCAUCAGCACACUCCGCCGGCCGACGUCGGCCUCGUCACAUCGAUGCACUCAACACCAUCGGCGCCAAGUGCGUCAACUUCACGCGCGGCAGCGAACCAUUAAAGGAGUUCUACUCGCCCGGCUGGCCGGGACCUUACCCCAACAACACCGACUGCGUCCGCAUCAUAGCCGCUCCUGAGGGCCACACAGUUGAGGUUGACUUUCGGAACGCGUUUGACGUGGAGUACAGUCCGAAUUGUAUGAAUGACUUCCUUAUGGUGCGCGACGGCAAGGAGCCAUACAGCCCCGAGUUGGUCCGACUCUGCGGCCACAAGUUCCCGGCCGUGAUCUCAUCGAGCGGCAACUAUCUCUGGCUCCGCUUCAAGUCGGACGACACCAUUCAGUAUAGGGGAUUCCGGGCCGUCUACACAUUCCACAAGAACGAAGCGUACACGCCGGCGCCAGAGUGUAAGUUUGAGGUGGCCGGGCCCGAAGUGAUCAUCUCGACCGCCAACAUCACGGACGACUUCAUACAGCAGGCGUUGGUUAACGACAUCGCCCUGGACUGUUCCUGGCGCGUCCUCGUCACGCCUGGAAGGGAGAUCCAACUCCUCUUCACCGAGUUCAACUUGGACAAGCCAAACGAGUGUAAGCUCAACUUCGUGGAGAUCCUGUACGGACCCGAACUGCACCUGAUCAGCCAGACCCACUACUGCAGCAGCAUGGCCGAUUCGGUCAAGCUGCCCAACAGCCAGGACGUGACGUUCCGCUUCUAUGCCGCGCCAUCCACACUUCCCAGCCUUCGCGCCGAGAAGACGUCCGUCGUAGCUGUGGCCACCGAGCUGCGGCCGCGCAGCAGCGAGGAGCAGUGCGAUAGUGACGAGUACGACUGCGACGACUUGUACUGCAUCAGCGGCUCUCUGGUCUGCGACGGCCACUUCAACUGCGACAAACAGUUGGACGAGAAGAACUGCGACACGGACAAGGAUAACGGCAGCAGGGAGCUGCUGACCAAGGCCAACAUCGUCAUCAUGGUGAUCGGCUGCGCACUCCUCUUCGGCCUGUGCUUCUCCGUCUGCUGGAAUUGCAUCAGGAAGCUUCGGGAGGAUUUCAGAGAGAAGGAGGAGGAGCUGCGCCAAUCGCGCGAGGCUGACCUGGACGCCCUGCCGCCGACCAUGCCGAGGAUCCGCUCGCGCGUGACGCUUGACGACGGCGGCUGCUACGUGCCCGGCGUCGAGCUGAAGCUGGCCGUCGGGCCGCCGCACCAUAACGGCGGCGCCCGUCUCAUCCGCGAGGAGACGGUCGACCUGGACGUGGAGACGGCCGACUGCGGCUGCCAGACGCCGGCGCCGGCGCCGCGUCGGCCGUCGCGCGACAGUUGCGCCAGCGGCUCAUCCACGCCGCCGCCGCCGCCGGAGGACGAGGACGAGGACGAGGACCGCUCGGGGCUGGCCACGCCGCGCAGCUACAGGUCAGAGGCCGUGAUCGAGAUGGGCAUGAGGCCCAACAGCCUGCACUCGGCCAAGUCGGCGCCCGAUGUGGUGGUCAAACUGUGACCGGCCAGCCGCGCCCCACGGCGGCCGGGGACGGCACUCCCGCGGUCGUGGCCGAUGUGACUGGGCCGUCCGGACCGAGGACGGGACCCCUAGCCCAGUGGAUCGAUCGGAGCGGUGAUCGACCAACUGUCCGUCACGACUGCUGUUCCACUGGGAACAGUGGAACAGUUGGGAACACCGGGAACACACUGAGAACAGUGGAAUAGUGGCACGGUUUGCAGCUCCAAGCUGAGACUGAACGGUGCGCGCACGCCGCAUGGUCCGGUCUGAUGGUGGCGCCGCCUCCUGGUGAUCGCGUGGGCUGUAAAUGGGAAUCAGCCGGCGUGCGACGCCAGCCGUCUGUUGACCUCUGACGAUCCGCCGUAUUCGGUGUAGCCGGUCGUGCAAUACCGCUAGACUUUCAGCCCCAUGUGAUGACGGUGUCGUCGCGGUGCUUGACGCUCAAACGGUCACACGAGCCGAACUGUGUUCGCAAGCCUGUUCCACGUUUGUGACUGAUUGCUUCCUGGGUUGACGUGCGCAAUGACUUUGGGAUGAGCGUAAGCCCGCAACCAAGAGCUGACAUCGAAGCGAUAUGGCGUCUCUGGGAUGCGUGUUAUUGGCGCGAACACGUCUGUCCGAACAGGCUUGAAAGCUGGGUUUCUGGGAUGACGAGUCAUGACGAACCGAUGGCUCCUGCUGCGGUUAUGAGCGUGCUGGUAUAUUUCGGCAGAGCAGAAUAAACAGACGAAUGCA